CUGAUCUCUUCACACGUCUGACCCCCACCACCAACGACCUCUAACUUCAUUCGCAGUAACCAUGCCGGACUCAGCCCAACCAGUCUCCAAGGAGCGCCAGCGCAUGCGCUCGGAAGCGGAGGAUGCCCUUGCGGCCAACCCGUCAAUCAAUUGCCCCUCCUUCGAGUCGUCGCGCGUCUUCGCCCUCGUCGAGAAGUUGAUCCACAACCCACCCGCCCCUCUUACCCGCAAAAAGCUCAUCCGCAACACGCAAACCAUCUUCUCCUUCAUCGUCCAACCUGACGGGCCUAUUGACCCUAGCAACCCGCGCACCAAGCCCGAAGCCGCGGCGAGGGGAAGUGGAAAUGAUGCCGAGCAGGGUGGAGGGGCCUUCAGACCUGCAUUGUGGUACAUCGACUUGAAGAAGACGGGGACCGUCGGGAGAGGGUACCCACCCAAGGGAGUGUUGGGCAGGAAGAAGAGGGCCGAUGUGACGAUUGAGUGCUCAGACAAGGAUCUGCUCCACAUGGCGCAGGGACAGCAACACCCGCAGCGUCUCUUCAACAUGGGGAGGAUCAGGGUGCGCGGCGAUCUCGACCGGGCACUCCGUAUCGCUUCGCUACUGAACAGCGAGAGGAGCAGGCUGUUCGGCGUCCCGCCUGCACCCGCGGAGCCAGCAGCUGCAAGUGAUGAGCUGGCGACUGUUAGUGAGGGGGCGGAUCAUGCGUAUGAAGGUGGAGCACCGGCUAGUAUCACGAGGGCAAAAUUGUAGGGGCGAGGGGCGAGAGAGAAGACAGGCUUGCGACGGAGUGCAAGGAGAUGUGUACGGCUUUGCACUCUCACCUUCACACUCUCACUGCGGCAAGCACACGUCAAAUCGAGAUCCCAAUGAAUCCAUUACGAUGAAGACCUGCG